AUGGAUGGUGCAGGCGCGGACGGCAACGCGACGCCGCGGUUUGCCGCUUACGGCGCCACCAAGCGCAGCUUGGCGCAGCUGGGCAAGAGCCUGGAGGCGGAGCUGAAGCUGCUGGGGGUGAAGAACGUCGGGAUGCACAACCUUUCCCCCGGCAUGGUGACCACCGAGCUGCUGAUGAGCGGGGCUGACACCCCUGUGGCCAAGUUCUUCAUCAACUGCCUGGCGGAGGAGCCCCAGGAGGUCGCGCAGUAUCUCGUGCCGCGCCUGAGGCGCGUGCCCCAGGAGAGCGCCACCCUGACUGGCGGCAUCAGCAGCCAGUACAUCAAGUACCUCACCCCGCCCAAGGCGUACAGCCAAAUCCUCAAGCGCCUGGUAGCGGGGGAGAGGAAGAGCCGAUGGGUGCCCGAGGACAGCUGA